GCCGGGGUCGCUUCCGCGGAGAGGAGGAGAGGCGGCGGCCAGAGAGGCCGCAUCGACGGCAGCACCGGCUCCUUCCUGCCUGCCUUCCUUCCUGUCGGCGCCGACCCGGAGGGCGCGGAGGCGGCGAGCGGUGCACCUGAGCGGCCGAGGGCUGCUGGGCCCGUGGCCGGAGCGCAAGGCCGAGCGAGGUGGGAGCUCGGCCUGUCGGAAGUGGGCGAGGUGGUCGGCCAAGAAUGCAGGACUUGGAAUAAUGGAUUUAAGGAAGGUUGAUUCAGGUUGAAUUUUAGAAAAGAAGAAGAAUCACUAAUGGUUGGUGUCUUUUAGCUUAAGCUCUUCAGCUGGAGGCAUCAUGAGCAGAAGCAAGCGUGAAAAUAACUUCUACAGCGUUGAAAUUGGAGAUUCUACUUUCACCGUAUUAAAGCGAUACCAGAAUCUGAAGCCGAUUGGUUCAGGUGCACAGGGGAUAGUAUGUGCAGCUUAUGAUGCUCUUCUGGAAAGAAAUGUUGCAAUCAAGAAACUCAGUCGACCCUUUCAAAAUCAAACACAUGCUAAAAGAGCCUAUCGAGAACUGGUCCUCAUGAAGUGUGUAAACCACAAAAAUAUAAUUGGUCUGUUAAACGUGUUCACUCCACAGAAAUCACUGGAAGAAUUCCAAGAUGUUUACAUAGUGAUGGAGCUCAUGGAUGCCAACCUCUGCCAAGUCAUCCAGAUGGAGCUUGACCACGAACGGAUGUCCUACUUGCUGUAUCAGAUGUUGUGCGGCAUCAAGCAUCUCCACUCGGCUGGAAUCAUACAUAGGGAUUUAAAACCUAGCAAUAUUGUGGUGAAAGCCGACUGCACACUCAAGAUUCUAGAUUUUGGGCUGGCCAGAACAGCCGGGACCAGCUUCAUGAUGACUCCUUACGUCGUGACACGCUACUACCGAGCACCAGAAGUCAUCCUUGGAAUGGGAUACAAAGAAAACGUUGACAUUUGGUCAGUGGGGUGCAUCAUGGGAGAAAUGAUCAAAGGUGGUGUUUUAUUUCCUGGCACAGACCAUAUCGAUCAGUGGAAUAAAGUUAUUGAACAGCUAGGGACACCGUGUCCCGAAUUUAUGAAGAAGUUGCAACCAACAGUGAGGACGUAUGUGGAGAAUAGGCCUAAAUAUGCUGGCUAUAGUUUUGAAAAACUCUUUCCAGAUGUUCUCUUUCCAGUUGAUUCUGACCACAAUAAACUGAAAGCUAGUCAGGCAAGAGAUUUGUUGUCCAAAAUGCUGGUGAUUGAUGCCUCAAAAAGAAUUUCAGUGGAUGAAGCUCUGCAGCACCCUUACAUCAACGUCUGGUAUGACCCUUCGGAAGCUGAAGCUCCUCCUCCAAAGAUACCAGACAAGCAAUUAGACGAAAGAGAGCACACAAUAGAAGAAUGGAAAGAAUUGAUUUACAAAGAAGUUGUGGAGCUGGAGGAGAGGACCAAGAACGGAGUCAUACGUGGGCAGCCAUCUCCUUUAGGUGUAGCAACGAUCAACGGCCCUCAGCAUCCAUCUUCAUCCCCAUCAGUCUGUGAUGCAUCUUCACUGUCCACUGACAGGACUCUGGCCUCUGACACCGACAGCAGUCUGGAAGCCUCAGCGAGUCCUUUAAGUUGCUGUAGAUGACGACAAGUGGAUGUAGGAGAGAGAUUGCUAGCAACAAAAAUCAGUGGUAUUAUUUUGGGGUGUUUUUAAAAGUAAUUGUGGGAUUAAUUUUCAGAGUGCUAAUUUUAAAGUAAAAUAGUAAAUCACGAUGCUAUUCUGUAAUUAAUUGUACAGUAUGGAACUUAAUUUUUAUUGUUUUAAAAUUGCAUGCUUUACUACUGUGAUUUUUGACUUUAUUUUUUCAGGAUGCAUUUAUAAGAUAGGUUUAUUAAAUGUAAUAUUGCUAUUCAGUUUGCUGUAUCACAGCUUCUUUCAAGGCCUUUCAGAUGUUUUUUUGAGAAUCUGUAUCAGCAGAGCCAUUUUUCAAUCUUUUAUUUCCAAUUGUUAUUUGUGGGAUUAUAGGCUAUAGAAUAAUACCUGGAUAAGGUCUUUGAACAAAAAUGCUUCUGUAGUGUUUAUCCAGGGAACAUUGUCUAAGCCAGCUGUCUCCAAGGGAGGCUGUGUAUCAAUUUGCCCAAAGGGAGGAUAUGGAGGGGGUGGGGAGUGAGCCUGCCAGCAGUCCCAGGGGUGAGGUGGGCUGAAUGUUGCCAUUGGCCUGGCUCACCUCCCUUGCACAAGGCCUUUAAGAUAAUCCCCCAUUUACGCCUGGAGUGUGUUUGCUUCUCCACUCAUUUGUUGCAUUCAGAUUAGUAGCACUUCUAGAAAGAAAAAUGUCCCCCCCCCACGGUUUUCCUCUCAACCUGUAGCUGAUACUUCAGAAUCUAUGGUAAAAGUAUUAUAUAAGUGUACUGUGUACGCUCCAGGGGGGGUCAGCCUGUGUAAUACUUUGUGACGUUGUAUUGGAACAAUCCAACAGAAAUCACAAAAAACGUGAGGACUGCACUAAGAUCAUGUGUUGGUUAAUUUCCUUCCAAGAAAAAAAAAAUGUAGAAAUGCUGAAUAUAAUUAAAAAUGGUUCUGCUUUCUGUUGAAA